AUCGGGAGAAGGCCUCUCCUAUUCAUAUUCCAGUCUUUCAUAUUCCAGAAUUUGGGACCCUGGCAACCAGACGGCUAAAAUUGCAAACUGGAGAGCUGCUGAAUAAAAAGCGAACAGGAGACAGAAGAGGGAUGGGUGAAUGAUGAGCAGUGUAAUUAUGAUUUAUGAGAGGACAUGGAAACUGGCAGCAGUCAAGUGACCUAACCGGAUACAAGUGCCACAGUCUCACGCGAGACAUCACUAGCCCAGCAGUCAUGUUGGUUUCCUUCAUUAGUUUCGAGACCCUCCGGGAGUUAAAGAGACUGUUUCAUUGGGGCCCAAUCAUUGCCCUGGGAGUGAUUAUAAUCUGCUCCAUUAUGGCCAUCUUGGACUCUAUUCUGUGGUAUUGGCCCCUGGAUACCCUGGGUGGGAGCCUCAACUUCCUCACUCUGGUCAACUGGACUGUAAUGAUUCUGUACAACUACUUCAAUGCGAUGUUUAUUGGACCAGGCCUCGUCCCACGGGGCUGGAAACCGGAGAGAACUCAGGACUGUGCUUACCUGCAGUACUGCAAAGUGUGUGAGGGGUACAAAGCACCGCGCUCUCAUCACUGCCGAAAAUGCAACAGGUGUGUAAUGAAAAUGGACCAUCACUGUCCAUGGAUAAAUAACUGCUGUGGGCACUGGAACCACUCGUCCUUCACCCUCUUCUUGCUCCUUGCCCCUCUGGGCUGCAUUCAUGCUGCUUAUAUCUUUACCAUGACCAUGUACACACAGCUGUACAACAGGAUCUCAUUUGGUUGGAAUUCCGUCAAGAUAGACAUGAGUAUGUCUCUGCAAGAUCCCACUCCUAUCGUUCCAUUCGGGAUUGCUGCAUUUGCUGUGACCUUGUUUGCACUGGGAUUGGCUCUAGGCACAACUAUCGCUGUGGGAAUGCUGUUUUUCAUUCAGAUGAAAGUCAUUCUCAGAAAUAAAACUUCCAUUGAGUCAUGGAUAGAGGAGAAGGCCAAAGACAGGAUCCAGUAUUAUCAGACAGAUGAGACUUUCAUUUUUCCAUAUGAUUUGGGGAGCAAAUGGAAGAAUUUUCGGCAAGUGUUCACCUGGGCUGGAUCACCCGAGGGGGACGGGAUUGAAUGGAAGUUGCGAGAGGGAUGUCACCCAUUUACUCUGACGAUUGAGCAGCUGAAGCAGAAGGCAGACAAGAGAGUGCGCAGUGUGCACUACAGAGCAGUGGAAGAAUAUAGCGGUGCCUGCUGCCCCCUCACCAAAGGCUUCCGGACUCUGUUCUCUACACCCUGCACUGAGGAACCUCGCAUGAAGCUUCACAAAGGGGAUCUGGUUUUAGCCACCAGGGGGUUAAAGCACUGGCUGUAUGGAGAUAAACUCUUUGAAGGGGAAUUGCCAGAAGAUGGAAUACGAGUGAGAGGCUGGUUCCCGAGGAGGUGCGUUGUUAAAUGUGUCUCAGACUCUGGUUCUGACCAAUCAGAUGACGAGAAGAAAACCAGAUAACCUUUCCAGAAGCUUGCACUCGGUACAUGGUCCCACAACAGGCUGGGAAUGGAUUGAUACAGUCAGAGAAUUAAUGAGCUAUUGGACCCCUGAAGGUUGGGCACUUGUUACUGGUUACCUGAAAGCUUCCAAGGUAAGUGGGACGAGGCAGCCUACAGGUGAGACGCUUUGUGCCCAACCCUCUCAAUGCUUCAGGUUAAUAAAUGGCCGUGCUGAUUUGGGAAGCAGAACUGUAACAUUGGGAACGAUUUUGAUCUCUGCACUGGAGAAGAACGUCACAUUACUCUGCCCAAGAGCUCACAUGCCUGGUGUCCCUCACAGCCACAACUGCACUGAUACCAAAGGGAGCGCUGUAUGGACUCCGCAUGCAGACUGGAGCUUUAACUGGGACUAAAACGGGGGCUGGGUUUAGGCUACCACACUCUUAUAGCAGCCUACAGGGGGUGGGGAAAGGGUCUCUUGUAGGUAAGCAAGGGGCGGGGCUAGAAUAUGCUGAUGGAAGCUUACAAGGGAAUGGGUCAGGGGGUUUAUUACUCAAGGGUGGGUCUGGGACACUGAUGACAUCUUACAGGGGGUCGGUAACUCAUGCAAAAGGGGUGGGACUAGGAAACUCUAAUGGUAGCUUGCAGGGGGUUGAGUUACAACUACUGCCUGCAUCAUAUCAUGUUCAUUUGGGUUGAAAAGAAAAAUAAACAUUUAUUUCCAGGACAAGCAGCCCCUGGAAUCCCUUGUGCUGCCCUGGGCAUAAAUGAUACAGAAAUGUGUGAUAGCCGUGCAGUACGGGGCAAAUGCAUUGACUUCACUGGGAUAGAUGGGCCCUGAAGAAAAUUACCCCACACAGUGUUACUUGUCCUUUAAGGAAAGGAAUGGAAUGGAACUCAAUACAAAGGAAAUAGUAGUCUUUGUGCUUUCACGUCACUUUUAAUAGGCUCCAGUUGCACUCAUGCUGCAUUCCCAGUUACAGCUAACAUUACACAUCAUGUGAUCUCAUAACUCAUACGAUUUUCUUCUGGGUGUAGAAACCUCCAAUUGUUGCUUUAUUACAUUUACAACUGCCAGUAUUCCAAGUGUAGGGUGGGAGUUGUAGUAUAACAAGAGCAGGUUGUUUACAGGGUUACAUAUCCCUACUUUGUGGGGUCCAACUUGUGCUGCCAAAAGACAUUGAACUGUUAAUGAGCCUCCCCCAACCUGUGUAUGUGUUAGACUCCAAACAAGUCCUGUUAUUUAUCUGUUGUUCCCUAAUCAUCCCUGUGUUGUUAUUGCUUUUUCUCCAAAUAUUUUUUUGUAGCUGAACUGAAUCCAAAUCUUUUCACAAAUAACCAGACUCUUUGUUGUUAAUAAAAUGAGAAACAAA